GCUGCCGAUGGUUCCGACGAAAGCGGCCACGAGCCUGCAGGACGAAGCGUCGCACCUCUACCUGGCCAUUUGGAUCAUCACUGCACCGAUGUUUGGUGGAUUUUCGUGCUGAUUGCAGCGCUAGCUGUGCUCUACGUGCCGUCUUUGCAGGCGAUUCAGAAUGGUGACAUGUCCAAGUUCAUGCGCGGCUUUGACUACCAGGGCAGGAUGUGUGGCCGAGAUCUCUGUGACAACGGCGAAGUCUGCGGACGCUUCGUUUACUUCUGCUCAAGGGUGGGCGAAGAGGGCAUCGACACGCUUCAUCCGAUUUGCGUGGACAGUUGCCCCACAUCGAAUCUCACCUCUCACGUUUGCUACGAUGAGCAGACCUUGAGCACUGUCUCCGUACCAGACUGGCCCACAGAGGAAUUCAAUAUGAAGUGCUUGCAGAAGUCGCAUGCAGCGAGGGAGACGCAGGAGCAUGAGCGGAAACGCCUGGCCGGAGAUAUGACCCGAUUCAAGGAUGCCGCGGGCACGCCGGGUCUGCUUCUGGACUGCAUCGCGUCCCUCACCAAAGCUCGUGUGCAUCUGGUCAUUGUGAUCUUCGUGGCCAAUGCCUUGGCUUGGUUUUAG